CAGGAAAUGUCAAUAUGACGCACAAGACUUAAAAUAUUACAAACGUGGAAUUGACUCUUUCAUCUUUCAUGGUGUUCCAUUUCUGGUGUCGUUGAGUGUAUUUGCUGCUUUUGUGGCCGUUUGAAUUUAAAUUUCCCACCACCUCUUCUGUUUAUGACGUGCGCACGCGUAGUGCUACAAUUUUAAAUUUGUUUUUAAAACGGAAUGCUUGUGUUGUGUUUGUGAAAACAGUGGUUUAUAUUAAAAUAAUUAAUGACUAUUUUAUACUUUUAACCGAAUGGAAGGUUUUGUGAACGUAUCGGUUCGAAUAAAACCAACUUUCAACGAUGAAGCAACGAAUUCGUGUUUGCAAGUGAUAAACAAGCAACCACCGAUUUUACUCGUAUUGGACAAGUCCCAAACUUAUCAUUUCGAUAACAUUUUCACCCCUGACAUACAACAAGAGGAAGUUUACAAUGAAACUGUGAAGACGCUCACUGAACGUGUCAAGACAGGUUACAAUUGUACGGUGUUUGCUUAUGGGCAAACGGGCACUGGGAAAACGUACACAAUUGGCACAAAUGCCGAUGUUACAAUAAAUGAAGAAGAAUCUGGGCUUAUUUCACGAACUUUGGACGAUUUUUUCACUCCUUCUGAUGGUUACACUGAAACCGAAAUUUCAAUCUCGUUUAUUGAAAUUUACAAUGAAAAAGUGUAUGAUUUACUUCUUCCACACCAUGCUCUUCCAGUUAAAGGUUUUACGGUUCAAGGUUUCAAAAAAUUGAAAGUGAACAAUACUUUUGAGGCUUUAGAACAAUUGAAAUACGGUAGCAAGAAUCGUCACACAAGUGGAACUAAACAAAAUCUCAACAGUUCAAGAUCACAUGCAAUUUUCUCCAUUUAUUACCAGUCACGGUCUUGCACCAGUGAAAUUGAGUCAAAGUUGAAUUUGGUUGAUUUGGCGGGUUCAGAGAGAGUCAACAAGACUGGUAAUCAAGGUUCCAGUUUUUACGAAGGUGUCAAUAUCAAUAAAGGUUUAUUGAGCCUUGGACAAGUCAUGACAGCGCUAUCUACAAAUUGCUCACACAUCCCUUACCGCCAGUCUGUCAUAACAACAAUUCUUCAAGACUCACUAAACAAAAAAAAUUACGUCACGUUAAUUGCUUGUGUUAGUUCGAGUCCUGAAGAUUUAUCCGAAACACUACAAACGUUGGAAUUUGCCAACCGUGUUAAAAAAAUGAAAAACAAACCGGAAAUCAACCAUUUUAUUACACAAUAUAAAAAAGAAAAUCCUAGCUUGUUUCCAAGAGGACUGACACCUUCGAAACGAAGCAAUUUAAAUACGUUUGAAACUCCGUUUAAGAAGCCAAAGAUAACAUUGCCAGCUGUUCAAGAAACACCGUAUUUUGUCAACAAUUCGGCCUUUGAGGUGUCCCCUUUGUUGUCGUCAACCAUGACGUCAGGUUCGAGUUGUGCCCAACAAAACUUUAGUCCCGUAAUUAGAAAAUAUAUCACUGCAAUGGAAUCUUCAAUAGUAAAUAGGUUGGAAAGUGUAAUAAAGAGCACGCUGAGGAGGUCGAAGAGAUUGAGCGUACGAAGAGAAAAUAAGGAAAAUGUAUCGCCAAGAAUCUCAUGGAACAAGAUUUCAAAAAAUCUUUACGCUGAACCACCUGAAGGAAGGGCCACCAGUAGUCCCUUAGAAAAGUCAAUUAUUAGCAGCAACAGCGAUUCCUUCCUAGGAAAUCAAAUUAAUAUAAUGGAAAAUAAUAAUGGUGCGAAAAAUAACCAAAGAACAGAUGACUCAAUAUUCCUCGUCCCAGCACCAAGGACGAAAAAACCAAAGAUUCAAAAUAAUUCAGUUAGACGAAGUAGUGUUAGAUUACAGUUGAAACAACAUGUAUCGGAAACUCAGUUACCGGAAGGUAACAGAAGACGAAGUGUGCGGUUGCAAAACAAACAAACAGUUUUGAACACUUGUGAAAAGACGAAAAAAAAGUCAAAGUCACCAGUGAAGAAAAAUAAAACUGCGGAAAGCCCAACUACAUUACGUACAAAUAAGGUUCUGCAACUCUUAAAUAAAGGCACCAUAAAAGAGUUGGAAAAGUUGCAUACGGUUGGAGCCAAAACUGCCGAAAAAAUUUAUUUGUUCAGACAGUUGAAGGGGAACUUCAAAAGUAUAGCUGAUAUGGAAGAGAUGCCAUCUUGGACCAAAGCCAAAUUUGAAAAAUUUCUAGCGGAAAAUUUCCUCAGAAGGUAAUGAAUGUAAAAUCAUUUGGGUGGAAUAUUAAUGUUAUAUUAUCAACUGAGGAGCACCUAAUAUGUGUAAAAAUAUAUUUUGUAGUACAAA